CCAAGUAGUGGGAGCUAUGGGUGCCCAACUCCUCCUCUUUAGGAUUAGCGUUAGGUAGGCCUGGGCAUUAGGGAUUGGGCGGUCCUCCCUCCCCGCCUGAAGCGAGGCGGGACAGUUGUUGCUGAGGUGAGGUCUAGUAAAUGGUGAAGUACUUCCUGGCCUGGGGGCAUCUGGGACCGUGGGGUCUCGGUGGCGUGGAGUCAGAGGAGCCCGACCCGCGGGGAAAUCCAGCCUCGCCAACGGAGCGGGCCCGGCGCAGCCCUCAGGUCUGUGGUGCUAGUGCAGCCGAGGCACGGCCUUGGGUGGCCCGCUGACAGCUCCUUCGGCCCAGGACCUGGGAACGCGGCGGAGUCCUCGGCUGCGUGGACCCCAGCCCUUGCAACCUCCCUUUUCCUUCUAUCCACCUGCAGUCCUAGGCUGUAGAAGGGACCGCGGGCGUUCUGAGUUCUCAACCCCCGUUUCAUUUUCUAUCUCCGGGUGCAUACCUUAGUGUGUGGUGAUUCCUAAGCAGCUGGGAACCUGAGGCUGUAAAAGGGGCUGCAGGAAAUGGACUGCAGUGUAAAAUCCAGAAGCAGAACUGGAAGGUUUAACCACUGACCCAUUUCACAGAAUGUCUCAUGCAUCCGUGGACCAAAAGAUGGAGUUGGUUUUUAUUUUUAAAAAGAUAUUAUCAGUGAUCUAACUAUAAAUAUUCACUUGAUGAAGUUGCAUGGACUCAUCAUCAGGUUGGACUAGUGGUUAUUUUUGAAAGUUUCUUCAACUGAAGUUACUAUUUGAAAAUUCAAGCAUCCAAGAACAUUGGGUUUGGAAUGGCAUAAUGAUGUAUUUUCUCUGAGGACUGCAAAUUUCAUAGAGACCACAUUGAAUUCCAGUUGGAUUCCAGUUAUUUUCUUCAAUCAAAGUGAUUCAGUCCUUUGAUAAAGUUAAUUUUGAAGAGUUUUAUGUUUAUGAACGACGCCAAAAAAUGGGAGAAAAAAAUGGUGAUGCAAAAACUUUCUGGAUGGAGCUGGAAGAUGAUGGAAAAGUGGACUUCAUAUUUGAACAAGUGCAAAAUGUGCUGCAAUCACUGAAACAAAAGAUCAAAGAUGGGUCUGCCACAAAUAAAGAAUACAUCCAAGCAAUGAUUCUAGUGAAUGAAGCAACCAUAAGUAACAAUUCAACACUGAUAAAGGAUCAUACAUCUGUGAUCCAGAAUGAACGGGAAAACAAAUCAGGUUCAUUGCCCUCUACAUCAUAUGGAGAUCCCUUUCCAGAAGACUGUACAUUUCUAUCUACAAAAAAUAAGGAAGUUCCUCCUUUGGAAAAUAAAGUUGCAUACAUCAGAGAAAAGAAAUCAUCUUUGAAUCUAUCUUACCGAAGUCAUGACUGCUCUCGAACUUGUCUGAUGAAAAUACCACUUACCUUCAAGGGAGAAAACCCUCUGCAGCUACCAAUCAAAUGCCACUUCCAAAGACGACAUGCAAAGACAAACUCUCAUUCUUCAGCACUCCAUGUGAGUUAUAAAACCCCUUGUGGAAGGAGUCUACGAAAUGUGGAAGAAGUUUUCCGUUACCUGCUUGAGACAGAGUGUAACUUUUUAUUUACAGAUAACUUUUCUUUCAAUACCUAUGUUCAGUUGACUCGGAAUUACCCAAAACAAGAAGAAAUUGUUUCUGAUGUGGAUAUUAGCAAUGGAGUGGAAUCGGUACCCAUUUCUUUCUGUAAUGAAAUUGACAAUAGAAAGCUUCCACAGUUUAAGUACAGAAGGACUAUGUGGCCACGAGCAUAUUAUCUAAACAGCUUUACCAACAUGUUUACUGAUUCGUGUGACUGUUCUGAGGGCUGCAUAGACAUAACAAAAUGUGCAUGUCUUCAGCUGACAGCAAGGAAUGCCAAGACUGGCCCCUUGUCAAGUAAUAAAAUAACCACUGGAUAUAAAUAUAAAAGACUACAGAGACAAAUACCUACUGGCAUUUAUGAAUGCAGCCUGUUGUGCAAGUGUAAUCGACGAAUGUGUCAAAACCGAGUUGUCCAGCAUGGACCUCAAGUGAGGCUACAGGUCUUCAAAACUGAGAAGAAGGGAUGGGGAGUACGCUGCCUAGAUGACAUUGACAGAGGGACAUUUGUUUGCAUUUAUUCAGGAAGAUUACUAAGCAGAUCUAACACUGAGAAACCUGAUGCUAUUGAUGAAAAUGGAAAAGAAGAGAAUAUUAUGAAAAAUAUGUUUUCAAAAAAGAGGAAAAUAGAAGUUGCAGAUGGUGAGGUUGAAGUUAUCCCAUUAGAACUGGAAACACAUAGAAGUGCUGAGACUGAGGAAUGUCUACCUACGUUCAAUGAUAAUUUAAAAGAGCCUGUUAUAGAAAUGAAAUGUAACAGUAUUUCAAGAAUUCAAUAUCAUUCAGUCAUUAGAAGUCCUAAAGUGAAGACAGCCAUUAUUCAACACAAUGGGAAAAGGAUGGGAUUUGCUUCCUCAGAGUCUGUCACCUCAGAAGAUAAUGAUGGAUUUAAACCAGCCCAAGUACAUCUGAACUCCAAAGCCAAGGAAAUGAAAAAGGAUUCAAGCUCCUACCAAGUUAAAGACUCUGAAGACAAUCUGCAGAUUGAAUCAGAUGUGAUAGAUAUAACUAAAUGCAGAGAAGAAACUCCAUCAGGGGGCAGAUGUAACCAAGCAGCCACAUUGGAUAAACAGAAUAUUACAAAGGAGUUCAAGGCUCAAAUGCAAAAGCCCCAAGAGGAAAGAUCUCCAGCAUAUCAAAACCAUCAAGUCUUUUGUGAAAAAGAGUUCCCAAGUGAAACCAAGAAUAUUUCACCUGAUUCUCUAAAGAAGUUUAAUAAAGGGAAUGUGUUUUUAUUGGAUGCCACAAAAGAAGGGAAUGUGGGCCGCUUCCUUAAUCAUAGUUGUUGCCCAAAUCUUUUGGUACAGAAUGUUUUUGUAGAAACACGUGACAGGAAUUUUCCAUUGGUGGCGUUCUUCACCAACAGGUAUGUGAAAGCAAGAACAGAACUAACAUGGGAUUAUGGGUAUGAAGCUGGGACUAUGCCUGAGAAAGAAAUCCUCUGCCAAUGUGGGGUUAAUAAGUGUAGAAAGAAAAUAUUAUAAAUCUUUAGCUCAUGCCUGUUGAUGAGAUUAGCUUAUCACGCUGCAAUUAGAGCCAUGCAGGAGAACCUUCAGUCAUCAGUGGAAUUAACUUGGGCUGUGAUCCAUCAGGAGAAUUCUUCUCAGUUUACCCUUGUCAGGGAAUUCAUUUGUAUGAAUUAGAAAUGCUAGGAACAAAAUAAGGACAUUUUCAUAUGCAUUGGCUAUCUCUUUAUUCUUUCUGCUGUUCAACUUUACAUAAGUGGGAUGAAGUGUAUAUUUUAUAUGAAAUACCAUUAUACAGUUUGUAACUUAUUUGUAAAUUAUAUAUUAAGAGAAACAAAUGUUACAAUAGAA